AUGAAGAUCACAUCAUCUCUUAUUUCCGCAGGUCUGCUAGGAGUAGUACACUUAGCUGCUGCUGUUUCAGUCUCGGGCUCAGCUGAAGGUUUCGCUGCUGGAGUUACAGGCGGCGGCGAUGCCGAUGCACAGAUACCUAGUGAUAUUGAUGAGCUGAAGGAGUGGCUGACCGACGAUACCGCCCGGGUUAUUGUUCUUGACAAAGAAUAUGACUUUACUGAGUCAGAGGGCACAACGUCUGGGACCGUUUGUGCUUCUUGGGGAACCGGUGAUGGCUGUCAAAAGAUUAUCCAAGAUGACUGCGGAGAUUCCCCUUCUUCCCAAGCAACCUGGUACACUGCCGGAACUACAGGCAUAGAUGUCGGUUCGAACAAAACUAUCCUCGGCGACGGAGACAAAGGCAUCAUCAAAGGAAAAGGCUUGAGAUUCAGGGACGGAGUUUCGAACAUCAUCGUGCAAAAUAUUCAGAUUUCAGACUUGAACCCGGAGUAUGUAUGGGGCGGCGAUGCCAUCUACUUUGAUGGAUCCGAUCUAAUCUGGAUUGACCAUGUGACUACGGCCCGUACUGGUCGCCAACACUACACUUUCGGGUUCGAUACCAACACUCGCGUCACUCUCUCAAACAACUUCGUGAACGGAGAGACCACCUACUCAACCGGAUGCGACGGAUACACCUACUGGACCUUUGAGAUGGUCGGUGAUGCGGAUGAGAUUACUUUGCAAAACAACUACAUCUACAUGACCGCCGGCCGCAGCCCAGCUUUGAGCGGAGGAACCCUCCUGCACGCAGUGAACAAUGUCUGGGAUAAGAAUAACGGACAUGCUCUCGAGGGCGGAGACUCCUCUGCUAGGGGAAUAUUCGAGGGAAAUGUUUGGCAGGAUAUUACGACCGUUGUUGGUGACUAUGCCGGCCGGCUUUUCGUUACUCCUGACUCAUCUUCUGCUAGCGAGUGCCAGUCUGCUCUGGGUCGUGUGUGCGAGGUGAAUACGGUUCCAGAUCAGGCUAUUGUAUCUUCCUAUACAGAUACUUCCUUCUUCUCGGACCUUUCGGGGCUUACUAUUGCUCCCGCAACAUCUGCCACCGAGGCGCUAUCUAGUGUCCCGGAUAAUGCAGGAAUGGGCAAGCUUUGA